UAUAAAAGAAUGGCCAUGGCUAUUCUAUGCAACCUCUUAAGAUUCUUUCACAAAAUUCUCCGAUAGACCGUAAAUUUGCAUAACCAAAAAGAUCUCAAAUUUUCAAUAAAGGUGCGUCGAUGGAGAGUACCGACUCGUCGGCCAGCUCGCCGCAGCCGAAUCUUCCACCGGGCUUCAGGUUCCACCCCACCGACGAAGAGCUGGUGGUCCACUACCUCAAAAAGAAGGCGUCUUCAGCUCCUCUCCCAGUAGCAAUUAUCGCAGAAGUAGAUUUAUACAAAUUCGAUCCAUGGGAGCUUCCAGCUAAAGCGGCUUUUGGGGAGCAAGAAUGGUACUUCUUUAGUCCCAGGGACCGGAAGUAUCCGAACGGGGCGAGGCCAAACAGGGCAGCCACUAGCGGAUAUUGGAAGGCGACAGGGACGGAUAAGCCAGUCUUAUCUUCUUCAGGGAAUCAAAAAGUUGGUGUUAAAAAAGCGCUUGUUUUCUAUGGAGGAAAGCCGCCAAAAGGGGUCAAAACGAACUGGAUUAUGCACGAGUAUCGGCUUGCUGAUAACAAAGUUAACUACAAGCCUCAUGGAUGUGAUUUGGGCAACAAGAAAAACUCUUUAAGGCUUGAUGAUUGGGUGUUAUGUCGAAUAUACAAGAAGAACAACACAACUAGAUCAAUGGAGACUCAUGAUAAAGAAGAAUCCAUGGAUGAUAUUCUUAGGCAUCUGCCGCCGUCGUUGAUGAUCGAUAGCCACCAGGACUCACGGCUGCAACUUCCAACAUUCAUGGGAAAUGAACAAAAUUUUUUUCAAGGCAUUAUAAGCCGUGAUGGUGACACUUCUUCAAGCUUCAAGCAACAGUUGCCUGGGGAUCAUUCUCUCAAAAGAACUCUGCCGUCGAUGAAUUGGACCGACGGCGACGAUCACACGACGGCAGGGGCUUCACUGAACAAGAAGUUUCAUUUAGAAAGCAACGAUGGAAGGAUUGAGAGAUCAACAGAUGGGCAUGGUUCAAUUGCGAGCUUACUUAGCCAUCUACCACAGACGACUUCAUUGCACCAACAAGCAAUGUUGGGGUCAAUGGGAGAUGGGAUUUUUCGGCCUCCAUAUCAGCUUCCAGGAAUGAACUGGUACUAGUACACUUAGUUCAACAAUCUAUAUAAAUACAAUUCAUAUAUUUGUGCUUGAGUGAAAAAAAAAAAAAAAAGAAACAAAAUGAAAAAAGAUUAAUUAGCUGUGAACUGAUGGGGAUUUUGGUUGUUGGGGAAGACAUAUUAGAGACUCAUUAGUUGGGUAGCAGCCAGAAUAUCAUUCAGUGUGACUGAGUAAUAUUACAAACUUAUCUGUAUAAAUUAAGAUGUUAAUAUUUGAUUGGGUGAUUUUACAGAUAAAAAGAAAAUCACAUCAACUAAUCAUAAAUUGUCAUCUCAAUUUUUACAGAUUAGUUUGUACAGUUUAUUUAUAGUUAUACUCUAUAUGUAUAUAAAUUAAACUAUAUUUCAUAUGAUUAUUUAUUAAUUAAAUACACAGAUUUGCUGGUGUAUGUUGUCUAGGUGGAAAAGCAAAUUGUUGUGGUGGGUCUUGCUGUAGAAAAAUAAAACUGAUCAGUGUUGUAGUUCUGGUUUAUUAGGAUAUACAAAACUCUAAAUUAAACUUUGUAUAGAAAUAAUCUCUGUUGUAGAACUUUGUUACUGCUUCACAUUUCAAGAAUAUAUUGUUUUUUUUUUAUGGUAAACAGAUAAUUGGCCAA